AUGCGCACUGUCCUACGUUCAACGUUGCUUCUCCUUCCACUCCUGCAAUAUACAUCCGCCCUCCGCUUGGGGGGAGCAUCUCCAUGCUUCGAAGCCUGUGAUGGUGGCAAGAACACCGAAACAAGUGAUUUGACAUGUGUCGACGCCGAGUAUGAUCCCGCGUCUGGAACGACCGUUGGAAAGCGGAUGCGGGAAUGCCUACCAUGUCUCCAGGACAGCACUUACACGAAUGCCAGCGAGGACGGCGGCGUUGGGAAUGAUCAGUACUGGUUCAUGUUUCACCUUAAAUACACUCAACAAUACUGCCUCUACGACACCGCCGCCGAGACCUCAGGCAACGACAUUAAGUCCUGCGACGUCGAGUGUGCGCCUCUGAAACCAGUCCUCACGAACUUAUGGGGCGACACUAGUCCACCACAGGCGCUGUAUGAGUACUGCGACGAGAACUCGAAGGUGUAUCCGAACUAUGCACCUGAUUGUGCGAGUUGUUUGAGAGCCCGCAAAGGAUCUGUGGUGCUGGGCAAUUUCAUGGACACAAUGUCGAACGCCUGCAUCGCCAGACCCAAUGUCACCACAGACAAAGCCCUGUUCGAGAUCAAAGCCAAGAACGACGAUCUGUGGAACGCGGAUGUUGUUUCGCAGACGACGGAGAGCGCGCCUACUGCUACUGAUGCAGGUGCAAGCGUCCCCACAGGAACAAGCACAUCCAACAGCAGCAACGCCGAAGCCGAGGGCUCAAAUACCUCAAACUCAACGUCCCCCGCCUCCUCCCCCUCUCCAUCCUCCCCGUCAUCAUCAUCAUCAGACAGCGGCCUCUCCUCAGGCGCCACAAUAGGCAUAGGCGUCGGCGUCGGCCUCGCCGCCCUCGCCGUUCUUGCAGGCAUCCUCUUCUGGUUCUUGCGUCGCAGGCGCUCACGUCGCAACACUACCCAACGCACUUCUGUUUCGGCAGGGAAGGGCGAGAAGCACGAGUUCACACCCCUCCCACAGGGCAGUCCCGGCCAGCAUCAACAGCUACCGCGAUAUCCCUCCGGCGGAGCGCAGGGAGUUGUGAAUGGUGGGCAAGGAGAGCAGAAAUAUCCGUACACGGCGUACUCGCCGGAGCAGAGUGCGGAGUUGGGUGGUGGACGGCAUCAUCCGGUUGAGAUGAGCGGGCAGAGGGUUGUGAGUGAGAUGGAUGGCGGGCCGUGUGGGAGGUUUGUGGCGGAGCUGGACGGGGCGAACGGGCAUGGGAGGAGAUGA